AGCCCCACAAUGCGUCGCGCAAAGCACCGGAUGAGCAAAGAUGGCGGCAUUUCCGACAUGAUUGUUUUUGUAAACUGUUGAACUUUGUUCUUUGCUAAAAUACAGUAUUUUAAGGAAAUUCUAUUGAGGUUUAUUUGUAUUAUUUAAGACAGUCACACCACUUGUUUGUUUGGGUUGUUACAGUGGGUCGUGGUGUCUGUUCUCUGAUUUACUCGCUGUUGUCUGGUAUCUGUCAGUGAACAGCGGGUCUUAUAUUUAAAAUAUCCAGAAAGUGUUCGCCGAGCCCGGACAUGAAGCCGGCUCUGACCCCUGUCCAGAAGCUUGUCGCUCACCCGGACUCCCGCUGCUGGUUCGUCAGCUGGAACCCGACCGGGACCCUGCUGGCCUCCUGCGGGGGAGACAGGGCCAUCCGGAUCUGGGGACUAGAGGGAGACUCCUGGAUUUGUAAGACUGUGCUUCAGGAUGGACACCAGCGCACUGUGAGGAAGGUGGCCUGGUCUCCCUGUGGGAAGUAUCUGGCCUCUGCAAGCUUUGACGCAACCACAUGCAUCUGGAAAAAGAAGAACGAUGGUUUUGAGAGUUUGACUGUGUUGGAGGGACAUGAAAAUGAGGUGAAGUGUGUGGCGUGGGCCCCUUCAGGGAACCUGCUCGCAACAUGUAGCCGAGACAAGAGUGUCUGGGUAUGGGAAGUGGAUGAAGAAGACGAGUAUGAGUGUGUAACUGUUGUGAACUCUCACACACAAGAUGUCAAGCAUAUUGUGUGGCAUCCAAACCAGAGGUAGCUCCUGGCUUCAGCUAGCUACGACAACAACAUUUGUAUUUACAAGGAAGAGGAUGAUGACUGGGAGUGUAAGGCCACGCUGCAGGGACACACCUCCACAGUCUGGAGUUUGGCUUUUGAUGCGUCUGGAGAGCGGCUCGCCUCCUGCAGCGACGACCGAACGGUCAAGAUUUGGAAAGAGUCUUCAAACCAAAGUGGAGAGGGAGACUUGUCGUGGAAGUGUGUUUGCACUCUCUCUGGGUUCCACGGAAGAACAGUGUACGAUGUCUCCUGGUGUCGGCUCACAGGAGCGCUGGCUACAGCCUGCGGGGACGAUGCAGUGCGAGUGUUCAAGGAGGAUGAGACGGCAGACCCGGAGCAGCCUCUGUUCUUGCUUGCUGCUCAGGUGACCAAAGCUCACAGCCAGGACGUCAACUGUGUGUCCUGGAACCCGAAAGAGGCCGGACUCCUCGCCUCCUGCAGCGACGAUGGAGACAUCACCAUCUGGAGGUUCCAGCAGGAAGACUGACCGACAUGAAGGCUCUCACUGAACAAAUGUUGUCGCUACUUACACUGGGAACUGUGGUCCCCUCCAUGUUGUUCAUUCAAGUCUAAGAGCUCAUCUGAUAGUUUGGCAGGAUUUAUCACAGUAAUAGUGAAUUAAUGUCAUGUCUACUUCGUAUUGGAUAAUAAUGCUUUGUGGAUCAUCUGCACUGAGUCUACAUAGUUCUUUAAAAGCUUAAUUAAGAAUAUAUGAUAUUUCACGCUUAUAUAAAUAAAUGAUUAAAAACAA